AUGUCAGUCUCCCCUUUCAUUGUCAGUGCCCCUGGUAAAGUAAUUAUCUUUGGUGAACACUCAGCAGUUUAUGGGAAACCAGCCAUUGCAGCAGCUUUAAGUUUAAGAUGUUAUCUACUUGUCUCACCAUCAGUUGAUGCAAAUACAAUAACAUUGAAAUUUCCAGAUAUUGAAUUGGAUCAUUCAUGGAACAUCAAUGAUAUUCCUUGGGAGGAAAUCAAGCCAUUCAUUAAAUAUGACUCCAAUAAUAAACCAUUAGUUCCACCAGAAUUGGUUCCGGAAAUUGUUGAUAAAUUAUCUGGGUUGUUAACUGCCUUUGAUAAUAAAAUGCAUUACUACGCUUGUUUCUGUUUUCUUUAUUUGUUUGUUAAUUUAUGUGAUUCUAAAACUCCUGGAGCUACUUUCGUAGUAAGAUCGACUUUACCAAUUGGGGCAGGUUUGGGAUCUUCUGCUUCUACAUCUGUUUGUUUAUCAUCUGCAUUAGCAUUGUUAGGUGGCUGGAUAAAUAAACCUUCUAUUUCUGCUGAUGACAAAUUUCUUAGUGAAGAUAUACCGGACUUGGAAUUUGUUGAUAAAUGGUCCUUAAUGGGUGAAAAAUGUUUUCAUGGAAAUCCAUCGGGUAUUGAUAAUGCUGUUGCAACAUUCGGAGGGGCAGUUAUGUUUCAAAGAAAUUCUGCUCCUGAACAACCUUCAAUUAGAACAAAUAUGAGAAACUUUCCAGCUAUUAAACUUUUGCUUACAAAUACAAAGGUUCCAAAGAGUACUGCUGCUUUAGUUGCCGGUGUGGGACAAUUGAAUUCUGAAUUCAAUCUGAUAACAACAUCUGUCUUAGCUGCGAUGGAACAUUUAGCACAAGAAGCAUAUAAAGUCAUGAUUACGCCAGGAUUUGGUAAAGAUGAAACUACAAUUUUGCGUAAAUUGGUCAAUAUGAACCAUGGUCUUUUGGUAGCGUUAGGUGUUUCCCACCCUGCUCUAGAAACUGUCAAAAUCAUUGGAGAUAAACAUCAAAUAGGUGCUACUAAAUUAACUGGAGCUGGUGGUGGUGGUUGCGCCAUCACUUUAGUCAAUGAUAAUGUUGAAGAAUCGGUCAUACAAGAAGCCAUCAAGGAAUUUGAAAGUGAAGGAUACGAUAGUUUUGAAACUUCUUUAGGUGGUAAAGGUGUUGGAGUGCUAUACAAUGACGAUGUUUCUGAUAACAGCAAAUUUUCACAAACUGUAUUCUGUGAUUACCCUGAUCGUGCUGCUAUUGAGGCUGUAUUAGGAAUGACAAAUGUUAAAGAAUGGAAAUUUUGGUAA